AAACAUGGGUCAGUGUUAAAAAAAACUUGAUCUAUUUGGCCAAGGUGCCUUCGUAGCAUUUACCUUUAACAUUUCAUGCAAUUUUAGAGGUUUAUUUUUCACAGUAACCAAAGAACACAAUAUUUCUAAAUUUCAUUUGCAGUGGGCAACAGUUUGUGUGGAGCUUCCCCAUGCCGUCCUGAAGAGUGUGUGUUCUAGUCUUGUGUCAGAAAUGAGGAGACUGAUGGUGUACAACCCCGGUUUGUCAGUAGCCUCUGCUAUAAGUGACAGACUGACGUACCUCCUGCCCAACCCACAGCUAUUGGAGGGCAGUAGUGCCCCAUGUGAGAGGGCAAUGAUGUACAGUGAAGCAGCUCGACAAGAGACAUUCAAAAAAUGGCCACAUAUGAACUACAAAUGGGCUUUACCAGAUCCUAUGUCCCAGGCAGGCUUUUACCAUCAGCCCAAUUCUAUUGGAGACGACAGAGCUAUGUGCUUUACUUGCAAUGUGUGUCUGGUGUGUUGGGAACCCACAGAUGAACCCUG